UUGUUAUUUGUGGCUUUAGAAGAUAUUUUUUUACAAUGGAAAUGAGGUCAAAAUGGCACUAGGUCCUAAUUCCAUCUUAUGAUUUUUUUUACUUCAAAUCAAUGGCACAUGAGUUGUCAUAGUAAAAUCCCUCCCCCCCCAAACAUCCAGGUUCAAAUUAUUCUCAGUCUGACAUUGAUUUUUCCCCUGAACUCAUUUUCAGUGACUGACUUCUGCUGGAAAUGGAGACGCGGCAUUUAUGCAACAUCUUUUGAGGAGAUGGUUUACAUGUACUUUCCUUGUAGGACAAUGGAAGAUGAGACAAGUAAUCUUUCAACUUUUGACAUCUAUAGUGACCUACUUCUUGAACAACAGGAAACUGGUAGCGUCCAAGCAUCUGUUGAACAGUUGGAGAAAAACAAUGCUGAAAAUGAAGCCAAGGUGAAGGAGCUCAUGCACCAGCUGCAGUGUCUGCAAACACAGAAUGCAGCCAUAGUCCAGGAGAACAAGAUUCUGAAGACAAACAUCUCUGAGUUAUUUAAGACAGCAAAAGCAGAGCUUAGAAGAAAAGACAGGCAGCUGGAAGAACUGGCAAACAGCGGUAGGCCCAGACAUUGGCAGCAGAGAGAUUACAAAGUUUCCAUAAACGACAGGCUGCGUGACCUCAGGAAAAACACCGAAACCUAUCGUAGACACGCCAGUGGUGUUGAGCAGAAAGCCAGCAGGGAGGAGUCCCCACACAGGCAAGAUGGACCUUCAGGUAAGAGCGGUGGCACAAGGAAGCCUUCUGAUCCAGAAAAAGAAGAAGGAAUUACUACCUCCAGCAGGGGAAAGAGAUAUGAUCUGCCAAGAAAUGAAACAACCACAACCGGAGAUUCCAAAGAGAAUAUUUGCAGGAAGAUGAAAGACAAUUAUGAAAACUGCCAUGAAGAACAGCUUGCUGUGCAGAAGGACCUUGCCAAAGACAGUGAUAAGUUUAGCACAAACUCAGAUAGUAAAAGCAAAGACAAUGGGAUGUGUAGUAAAUAUAACAGUAGCAUGUAUUCAGAGAUAGUCCUAAACAGGCAGUCUUUAAGUAACUACAGAAUACCUAAGAUACCAAGUACAUCUAGUAGUCACGACCAUCCUGGGUUGAGUAUAGAAGAAAGUGAAAAUGGUACAUCUUCAGAACUAGAAGGUACUCUCCGUAGAAAUACCCAUUCAAAAAGGUCAAAUGAUAGAUCAAGUCCUUCAAAAUAUGCCAGCAAUAGAGAGAGGGUUCAUCGUAAGUCCAGUCAUAGCUCAAAGCAUGAGCCAUUAAGCGAACACUCAAGAGCAAAAGCUAUAUCUUCUCGAUGUAGCAGGAGAAAAAGAAGGCAUAGUUCAGAGGGACAAGACUCUAGUCAUCUGGAUUCUGGCCAUCAAUACCAGUCUUGUGAUAAAGCACCUCAGAAGAAACACAAAGCAGAAUCAACAGUAGAAUCCAAUGAUAAACAUUACAGAAAGUGCUCUGAUAGGCGAAGAUUGCAAAUACACGACAUUGGUGCCAGCCCUGAUAAGAAGGCGUCAACAGGAGAGAGUAAGAAGAAGAGACACAGGUCAAAGACUUCCAGUCAUCAGAAAAGUGAGACAGCAAGUGUGGAAGACAAGAGGGAUUGCACACGCAAGAGACACCAGUCAGAUCGUAAAAACAAGUCACUGAAACGAGCCAAAGAAACGUUGUAUCGAAUACACAGUACUCCAAAGAAACACAACCAAAAUCAGACAGAUGAUACCAGGAAGCACAAGGACAGGAAACGACACAGCUCCAGUAAACACAAGAGCAAAAGAGUGGCUGGUAGUAGGGAUAAUUGCUCCAAACAUACAAGUAGCAAAAAAGAACAGGAAGAGUUAGAAGAAGGAGAGGUGCUUGAGAGUGAUAUUGAGGAUGAAAGUGGAUUGAAACAAGGCUUUACAAGUGAAAAGAGACAUGAAGUUUGCACUUUAUUCCCACCCACAGAUUUGAAGUUGUCAAGCACUGCACAAAUUAAUGUGAGUAAGAAGCCCUGUGAGACGGAUCUUCCUGAGAACAUUGAAAGCUCAAUGCCAACAGUACCAGACAUUGACUGGAAAAGCAAAAGUAAGAAAAAGUUGAUGACUGGAUCAGAUAAAAAUGCAAGUCACUGUGCUAUCAUCCCCGGAGAUGGAGGAAAGCAAGCUGAUGUUCUGAAUUAUAACAAGUUUGGAGAAAUACCUGAGAAUCAAGACAACGCAAGUUUACUUGUGCAGGGAUCACAGGCAAUCUUGAAAGAUGCUAAUACUUCCAAUAAAAGUCCAGUCAAGGUUGAGGGAUUGUCAUCCUUGAGACAGCCAGACCCUGAAAGUUGUGGCUACUCCUCUGAACAUGAAACUGUUUUGAUCUGUGCACCAGCAAGCCAAGAUGAUAGAGAAUCAGUUGCUGACUCUGAAUCAACAUCAACCUCAUCUGUAUCUUUCUCGGCCACCAUUUCCCUUAGUGCCAGUUGUCAAGAUAAGAACCUUCAGCGUUGUCAUAAGGAAGAGAGUAGUAAACUAAGACUUGAAUUAGAACAAACUGUCACCUCGGAGGAUGAUUUGGCAGUCCAGACUAGUGAUAAUUUGAUUAUAGAUUUCUCUGACAGUCAGUUGCAGGAACAUGCUGGAGAUGAAAAAUUGGAACCAAGCCAGUCAGACUCCACUGUUUGUGAUGCAAUUGUGCAAGCUGAAUCAAGUUCAAAGUUUCGAGAUUCUUCAACAGGGAAAGCAUUAGGUGGUUGUUUAAAGUCAGCACUGUCUAAAACAGCAAACACUAGUGAUAGUUUUUCUGAAAGAAUACUAGAAGUUUUUGGAAGCAAUAGUUUUCUUGAAAGUGAUGAUGUAGAAAGCAGUAGGGAAGGACAGACUUCAUUCCAAAUCACAGAAGGUUUAAUGCCGCGUUCUUUUCAAGGGUGUUUUGUUGGUGAUUUGCAGCAAUCUUUGGAUGCAAUGGAAAAUGAAAGCAACCAAGGCACAUUCUCUAAGACUGUUCCGAAUGCUUUGGGUAGGCAUAGCAUCUUGCUAACAGACAGCAAUGAGAGGAUAAAUUUUAAUUCUCAACCUAGUUCUGGACUUGGUUCAGAGCAGAACAUUCUUCAUCAGAGGGACUUGGCUGAAGUACAUAUAGAUGUAUCUCCAAACCAUGUGAAUGAUGAACAAGUGACAUGCAAGCAACUAAUGAAAGCAGGCAACUCAUCGGAUUCUGGUUCCCCAAAGCGGGGUUCUACAUGUAGUAGCUAUGUUGAAAAUAACAGCCAAGAUGCUGGUCCCUCCGUUCCUGCUAGUGCUCAGUUAAACAUUCAGUUUGGAGUCCUACCAAGUUCAAGUCCCAGUAGCUGUGCUCAGUGUGAAACUGAAAUGGUUGUGCAAUCUCAUGAUACAGAGGAAGUGCCAACAGAUUUGGUGGGUAGUUGCAAUAUCCUUCAGGGGAAACAAAUAAGGAAAGAAUUACCACCCACAGAUGAUGGCAAUAAAGUACCCACAAGGGUAUCUCAAUCCAAAGAUGAUUUAGGUUUUGAAAUGGAUGUUGGUGAUCAGGAAACGGAAUGCAGUCGACUAUCUGCUGAUGCAUCUUCAACUGCAUCCAAUGAAAGACUCACCGAACGUGUUUCUUUUCACUCUUCAGUUAUUGAGCCAAAACUUCCAGAUCCCAACAUUAGUAAGGAACCUCUAAGUUCUGAUGUAACCCCAAAGCGUUCAACUAAAUGCUCUCCAAGUCAGCAUUGUCUUCCUGAAUCAGACAGUGUGGCUGAGAUAUCCAUUAAUCUACCCAACUUUGAUGCUCUAAGUUGCAGUGCCUCCCCUGCUCAUGAUAGUCUGUUGGGAGAUUCAGGGAGCAGUUGCUAUAGCAACCUGGAUGAUGAGGAUAACUGUGAUGAAAAUGCUGAUACUCAAAGAGACUCGGAGGAGAGUGGUCAGGAUUACCAAAGUGACCAGGAUACUUGCAGUGAAACAGCUUAUAAAGACAGACAUGAAGCACCGUCAGAAUUACCAAGCUUAUCAGAUGGGGAAAUAAUCAGCAAUUCUGAUUCUGAAGAAGCUGUUCAGUUAAAAGCAUCAACAUGGAAAUCUGACUGUAAGGACAGGCAGUCAAAACCAGCAAGACCCAGAUCAUCAAGAAAUAAAUCUCAAUCUAAAGAGAGGAAAAGACACAGAUCCAGAGAAAAGCAGCCAUCAAGUCACAAAGACAGGCAUUCCUCAACCAAACACAGCAGAGACAGGCAUGGAGAAGAUCAUGAUAGAGCAGAGUUCUUCAAGAAGAAGAUGAGGAUCUUGGAAGACAGACUAAGAGCUCAAGAUGAACGAAAACAUUCAAGUUAUGCUGGAAGUAAGACCAGGAGGGAUACCUGUAGGUCACAUGAUUCACAUUCAGUGAAAAGGAACAGAUUGGAGCCAAAAGAGAAAAGGCGCUGUGACAAGAAGGUACAGAGUACAGUGCACAAAGCAAAAUGUGCUCUGGUCACCGAUAAGAGGCUCAGAGAAAGUAGACUUGUUGAGAGGGAUGAAAGAUCUAGCAUUAGACACAGCAGUAAAACACACAAUGGUAGCAGGUAUGACACUGAUCAACAUGAAAGAAGUGCAAGGAAGUCUGAAAGAGAAAAGGUGUCAGUGAAAGAAAACCACAGAGACAAAAGGAGAAAAGAUCAUAAGAGAUAAGAUCUCAGUCAUUUUAUUAAUUGAAAUUUAUUUAUUGAAUUGGUGACACUUGAUGCUGAAAUAGAAUGUGUAACAAGUUGACACAAUUAACAUUCAACCCUAAUUAAUAAGAAGUCUGUGGGACUUUGCAGAUUACCGUAAAAUAACAGGAAUCAUGUAUUAUAAGGAAUGAAGACUAAAGCAUCGCAACCUAAAACUCCUUGAUAUUAGAAAAUGUAGUAAUGGUGUUCUAAUUAACGAGGUUCGACUGCAAUUAAAUUUUCUUUGUUGACAAAAUUUGACAUCUUAAUUAUAACACGAUUACAUAUGUGUAGAGCUUAUAGUGAAACAGUGUUUCUGGUCAUUAAUACUGUCAGUCAUUUAUUUUUCCUUUUCCAAUCUGUGGUUGAUGGUUAAUUUGUAGGUUUUUGGUCAAUUUGUAAAGAGCAAUCGAGAUUGUACACAAGUUUUGCCACCGGGAGGUUGCCAGUUUUGCUGGGCAUAAAAUUGAAUAACACAAAGCCUGAAAAAUUCAAUGUCAUGAAUGUCAUGGCAUGUCCCAAAACUAAUUGCUUCUUCCUCUAUCUCAGUUUUAACAUGUAUAGUAUUCUCCAUAGUGGUUGCUUGGAAAUUGAGCAAAAAGUACGGAGUCCAGUGAAGUGACCUCUCUGAAAUUUAUAUCUGUAACCAGGCAAAAAAGCCUUUAUGAUCAGUUUUUCUGAUGUAUUUGUGCACCAAAUUCACAAUUUUAAACAUUGUUUUGGUUGUUUGUGAUCCAUCUUUACAUCUAUUUUGUUUGGGACCCCUACCGACGCUCUUUAUGUUGUUUAUGCAAAAUUUCAAAUGAUCCAACAAGUUGAUCAAUGAAGAGUCUCGGGCACACAGUCAUGUUGAUCGGAGGUCCAAAUGCAGUUUUAGUCUACAUGUAAGUUAUUGAGCAAAAUUUAACUUCUUUGGGAUAGUGGUACAAUUUUCAAAGUUAUUAACAAUUUUUCUGUCAGAAAUGACCCCCAUACAUGAAUGAGACAAUGAAACUUGGUAUAUAAAAGCAUUUUCUGAAAGCUUUGAUGUUGAGGAAAAUAAAGAAUGUGUUUCAUGUUGAAAAACAAGUGAUUUUCAUGAUCAUGUCCGAAGGCAAGGCGGCAAAACUAUGAACUCAGUCCACGCGAUAGAGUACAUACAUGUAUUUGAUGAUUUGUUUUCACUCUAAACAGUAACAACUUCCAGAUGCAGAGUCUUCUCAUGUAUUACUGUGCAUUGAAAGUGAAAAAUAACCUUGUGAAAUGCCAGCAAUUUAAAUAUUUUUGUGAAAACAGUGUGAUGACCAUUUUGAGUGUCGACAACCAAAUUGACUGUUGUGUAUGGCAUACCUUCUAUUAAUUUUGUAUGCCUCCAAAGAAAAAAAAUAGCUGUUAUGCCCGUCAAAAAUCUGGGUCCUGUGUUUCGUAUUUUAUAAGCCUACAUUGAGACAGCUUUCCCUUUAGCCAAAUCGUAAGCAUGUUGCUGUAAAUGAUAUCGAUCUGUGCUUGUCAAGAUUGUAUCCCAAAGUUCAGGUUACGGGCACUAUGCUGAAAUGCUGUUAUCAAAUACAAAUAUGUGGGGUCUACUGUUGAAUAAUGCCUACAAGCUGCUUUGUUGCUUUGUCAUUAUGUGUCAGUGUCUUACAAUAUUGACCUCUUCAGUAACCAGAGUGGGGAAAACACCUUUAAGUGGUUCUUUGAGAUUAAAAUUUAGGGAAAUUAUUUUAAAAAUUAUUUUCCUUAACUUGCAUUUCAUGAAUGCUUGCUUGUCAGAAAAUUUGAAAUACUGAAUAUUAUGGAGUGAAUUUUUUUUAAAAUUGAAUAUUGAUCUCCACAUGCAUUGAAAGCUUGUGUGGAAACAAUUGGCUCAGGCAUGUCAGGGUAGAUUUUCUUUGAAAUCUAUGUUAUGACCAGGAAACCUGAAUUUUACUUCUGCAAUGGUUGAUAAAGGCACCAUUUUUGUACACUUUACCAGAAGCUUUUUAUCAGAAACUCAUCAGCUGUGCAUCGUCCAUAAAAAAGAUACUUCAAUCACAAUUGCCUGUCUUUUCAUAGAUACAUGUUUGGAUGUCAUUGUUUUUGUUAUUACUUUUGAACCUGGCUGUGUGUGUAUAAUUUGCAUGGAUUUGUACUGUGUACAUACUCUGGUACGUGUACAUGUGUAGUGUUUGUUUUUCAUAUUUGAAACAAUUAAGGCAAGUUUACAGUUAUGAACUGCUCAUGUGUACAUGUACGUGUAUAUUACGGUACAUUCCAUAUAUUGUAUUCAAUCUCCCACGUUUUACUAAGGAGUGUUUUUAUAAAGUGAUAUCUUUGCUUAUUGUGUGGAUUACUAGAGUCAAAUAGGUUUUGAAUGCAUUUUUCUCUCUAUGAGUCAUGUGAAUUCCACCUUUGUGGAUAUUCAUUUUACCCACCAUCAGUAUUAGGGUAGCCUUUUACACUACUUAUCGACAGCAGAGAAAAAAUGCCAUUGGGGAGAGCAGCUCCUGGUUCAUGGAUUAACAGAACACCAAGCAAAAGUUCUUUUACUGAUGUACAACUGUUUUUGUUAUUGCUCCUUUUUCGUUUUUGUUUUUUGGUUGUUUUUGUUUUUUUGCUUGACAAACAAAAGUCACAAUUUCCUUUUUAUAAUUUUCUGCUUCGGUGUACCCUGGAGUUUACAUGUAAAAAGCAUAGACGCUAAAGGAAAUCAAAUUUCCAUUUAUUGUCUUUAUCCAUGUAAUGUUUGAGAGUGAUACCAACAUAACUUAAAGAAAUAAAGUGUUUAAAUGGUGAGAAUGUCAA